AUGGGUUCAGGGUACACAAAGAUACAUGCAUGUAUCAACAACUGCAUUCUUUAUUGGAAUGAGUACAAGGAUGAAAAAGUGUGUCCUACUUGUAAAGCACCCAGAUGGAAAGUUGACAGGGAUGGUAAAGUUUACGAGAAUGUUCCAGCAAAGGUAUUGUGGUACUUCGACAUCAUCCCAAGAUUUCAGCGGCUGUUUCAAUCGAAGCACACAGCAAAAGAUUUGAUAUGGCACGAUACCACUAGAAACAAAGACGGUGUUUUACGUCAUCCGGCAGACUCACAUGCUUGGAGAGAGAUAGAUAACAAUUUCCCAGAAAUUAAAGGUGAUCCAAGAAAUCUGCGGUUAGCUGUUUCGGCUGAUGGAGUUGAUGUAAACACAGGCACCAAACAUCACAGUGGAAAGAGAACAUGGGAUGCAUAUGCCCAAGAAAUGUUUACUCUACGUGCAGUUGUUUUGUGGACGAUAAACGAUUAUCCUGCUCUUGGUACACUAUGUGGUUGUCGCUACGCUGGAUAUCAUGGUUGUGUGGUGUGUCGUAAAAAAACGCACAGUAUUAGGCUUCAUGACUCAAACAAGAAUGUUUAUGUUGGUUAUAGAAGAUUUUUACCCUAUGAGCAUCCGUUCAGAAGGCAGAAGGGGGCAUUUGGCGGAAAACAAGAGUGGGAGACUGCUCCAGAACCAAUGACCGGGGAAGAAAUAUAUGAGGAGAAUGUGGGACAAAGUCUUGUUGGAACGUUGCUGCACAACGGGAAUACAAAAGAUGGAUUAAACGCCAGAAAGGAUUUGGUGCGUUUGGGGUUAAAAUCGGAGUUACACCCUAAGACAGAUGACAAAGGAACGAUACUUCCCGCAGCAUGUUAUACAUUAACUACGGAAGAAAAAGACAUAUUCUUGGAGACACUAUCCGAGUUAAGAGUUCCAGAAGGAUCAAUAUCUGCCAAAGAAAUCAUGGUGGAAGAGCUAGAUAAAUUGCAAGAGGAUCUCUGUGUGACGUUAUGCUUACUAGAGAAGGAAGUGAAGUUAUGCGGUCCGGUUUGCUUUCGAUGGAUGUAUCCUUUCGAAAGGUGUAUGAAGGUUAUAAAGGGGCAUGUGCGAAACAAGAAUCAACCUUGUGGAUGCAUUGCCGAAGAGAAUGUUGCAGAAGAGACGAUUGAGAUAUAUUGUGAGUACCAUAAAAGCAUCAGGACAAUUGGUAUUCCACUAGAUAGGCAUAAUACAUCUCAGGAGGGAGAACCGUUAUCAGCUGAAGAGCCGUGUAUAGUUACCCCUGAACAGUUGAGACAAGCACAUUUCUAUGUAAUGCAGAACACGCCUGAAAUUGAGCCUUACAUAGACCGACACAAGCUAUAUUUGGAAACUAACUAUUCUACUAAAAAGCGAGCAUGGCUAGAGAAAGAGCACUCUAACACUUUUGGCGCUUGGUUAAAAAAUGAGGUUGAAAAAGAGUUGGCAGACGACAGAGAAAGUAUCUCAGAGAACUUAAGAUGGAUAUCACACGGCCCGCACUACGAGGUAACGAAAUACACUGUAUAUCGCAUCAAUGGAUAUCUAUUCCGCACAAGAUCCCGUGAUGGUAGAAUUCACCAGAAUAGUGGGGUUAGCGUUGCAGCAAAUGACAUGCACAUAUCUAGAGAUGAUGAUGUUACAUAUGGUAAAGCCUCUUAUUAUGGUGUCUUGCAAGAGAUAUGGGAGUUAGAUUACUGUGAAAGAAAAGUUCAUCUGUUCAAGUGCAAUUGGGUUGAUAAUAAACGUGGGGUCAAAAGAGAUGCUCUUGGCUACAAGAUUGUUGACCUUACUAUGUUGGGAUACAAAAAUGAUCCUUUUAUUUUAGCCUCACAAGCUAAGCAGGUAUUUUAUGUCAAAGACCAGUUAGAUAAGAAAAAGUCUAUUGUUUUUGUGACACCUCCCAAAAAUUAUAGAGAUGACGAUGGCAACGAUGAGGAAUUCAGUACAGUAAUCUUUUCUGCGAAUGAUAAUAUCUUGCCGUCUGUAGAUCCACAAGACUUGGGUAAAGAAUCCCGAAAUGAUUACUUCCGAACUGACUGCCGAGGUUUACUUAUACGCAAGCCAAAAUGA